CAGGACUUCGUGGGUGCGACCAGAUGUGCUGCGAUAUCGAAUUGUACAUACACACAUGUACAGUACACACACACAUCUGCACAUGCAUGGACAGGUUGUACAGACAGUACCCGUUCGCGAAAGUGGAAGUGUAGGUACGAUAUGCAUCUUCCCUUUCUUCGUAUUGAACCCGACAGGAGCAGGCUUCGCCACAUCGAUCGUCGUUUCGAAGCGAGAUCAAACAAGAGUGGAUUGCGACCUCCGACAGAUGCCCUUGUUUGGUCUGUCACUUUAUCUACUUCCUCUCCCAUCACAUACUUCAGCUUGCAUAAAGUAUUUCUUUGCUACUUUCCAGCGUCUGCUGUCGGACAAAUCACUCUGGCAUGACGAAUGUGCGGGAGACAGGCUUCCAGAAACCCGUUCAAAGCGGCUUCACGUAUUGUCGUUCCGGCUUUCUGAUGAUUCCCUCCACUACUGGAGGAAGUCAAAACACAUCAGCACGUCGGCGGAUGACGACCAAUGCACUGUUCCGUCGGGUUUCUCAGGCGCAUGGGUGAUGAUAUUCGCCGCUCCAACGAUACCACCUGGAAAGCAAUGUAAGCACGCUCAAGGCAAGAGGAAGGCUGAAACAUACCUCCUGCGUUUGCCUGGGUUUGUCCUAUGCCUGAACAGAUAAAAUGCCUCCUCAAUAACGCCACCAUCAUGGUGUCUGUUCAAAACACCGAUAGCCUUCCAUGAGGGUCCCAAUAAUAUCCGGCUCGCUGACACUCCCGUUUCCUUCAAGUCCGCCACUGCUGACAUAUAGGAUCUCACGAAUACCAUCCCUUUCUUGGGUGAAACUGUAACUGCGACUCAUCUUACGUCUGAGGUACAGUAUAAACCGGUAGCAGAUCUUCCCAGGCCUGGCCUCUAGCGUCCUCGAAUGGCGGUACAGUCCUACCUUACUUGGAAUCACAAGCACCAGGGUUAACCCCCAGUCCGACGCAGAGGGUCCCACCUUUCUCACAAGAGCUCGCCAGGAUUUUCCUUCGAACUUAUUUUCCCAAAUGUUUUGGCUUGACGAUGACCCAACUGCAAUGGGUGUGAGUUC